UUCCCCCUUAAAAUGUACAGGCUCAUUCAAAUAAAAUUAGAAAUGCCAAUGGAAUAUAUUCAUCUGGGAAAUUACAUUUUAACGUCACAGCCAAGGAAAAAUUUGAGCUGUAUUUUGAAGUCAAAAGUACUUAUUUUAUGUUUACCAUUACGUCUUCCGGGCAUAGUAUGAGAACAACCACAAAACUCAGGGCUCAGUCUCAGUGGCAGCCUCCUUCUGGGAAUGGGGUAGGGGGUGCGAUCAAUAGUGAAAUAAUUGGAAUCAAGGGCUUCUUCGAGACUUAUUCUGGAAACAUCUGAAAGCAAGAUCGGAUUGGAGGCCAAAAGAAGGGUCUAACAGAGACGGGGUGAGGCGUCCAGACCAGUGCGAUCGCGAUCGAUCGCGACCCAGAGUUUUCAAGGUCCGUCCUAAGUACUAGCCGGGCAGCGAUAAACCGGAGGUAAGAUUACCAGCGCAAAGCAUCCCUAACCUUCUCCUCCUCCUGCUGACACCCUCCCCUCAACUCUCUGCUUAUGCCGGAAGCCAUCCUCACACAACCUGGUGCAAACAACCUUGGCGCGGGACGCAGCCAAAGAACACGAGAUGCCAUUUCUCAGCCCAGUUGGAAAGAGGCCGGGAGCACCCGUUCCCUGACCCCCUCAGCCCCACUGCCUGCCGCCCCCGGUACUGACCAGCUCCUUCUUCCUCUUCUCCUCUUUCACGUCGGUCUUCUUGAUCUCUGCCUUGAAAGCCUCCGCCUCGCCAUUCUGGUCGUCCUUGGCCAGCAGGUCCAUGAGGGACACCAGCCCCAACGAAGACCUUGGGCGAUUUCAAAGUGCGGGCAUCUCGAUUCCCCGAAUCUGUAGUGUGGCUGGUAUCGGUGUUCCCCUGGUUUAACUAGCCUGUUUGAAGGCGCAGAUCAUUCAUGGGGAAGUAUAACCGAAACCAGUCCUCUCCACCCCCUGGGGGUCUUCACUUUCCCAGUCUACAUCUGUCUGUGACUCCAGAAAGACAAACUGCAGAUUGGCCAAGCUGCCUGAAGACCCAGCCCGACAGCAAUGCCUGCCAGCCCGCGUCGCCCACCAGGGCAGCUGCUCUCCCGACUCGCAUGGGGGGCACCACUCCGCCUCGGUGCCCUAGAGCUGAGCGCAGCCGCAGCUCCACGGGGAUCGCCAGGGCCUCAGCCCUCGCGGCUGGCGGCGCGGGAGUGUUGCGGGGCAGGGACCAGAGCGCGACCAGAGCGGCCACCCCCGAUUUAGGUCGCCAGCUUUCCAGCCACUGCGAUGGCCACUGGGGCGCCCCUUCCAUCCUGGUUAAAUUCUCAUUGUGAUCCCCAGCCCUCUUCUCGGUUCCCGACACCCAGGAGGCCGGUUCUCCGCCGCUCAGGCCGGGAGAGGUCACCGCUUCGGACAGGGUGGACCCCCAGCUCCGUCUCGGAGGACCUUUCGCCGCAGGCGAGCAGGAAGGGGUUAACCAUGAGCCUCCCACCCUCACCUCCCAGCCCCUGGUGCCGGGCGAAGGCCUCCGCUUCCCUCCUGAGGUCUCAUUAGGAAACCCUCACCGCUAUUUUCAACAUUUCCUCAAUCAAGUGCCUUUAAAUAGAGCUGCACAAACAGAUUGGCGGCAAAAGCGUAGAUCUUGUCACGAUUGAGACCAAUCCAAUAUUUCAGCCUUGUUUGCUUUGCAAUUACGGGUUGGCUUGUGGCUGCGGUGCCACCGGGGCAAAUCUGCAGCCGUUCGCUUUCUCCUCUGCACUCCGGGCGGGUGGAGGAAGCGACCCGCGGAGUCACUGCAGGGAGGAGAAGGGGACGCGCGCGAGGGGGAGGCGGCGGAGGGCGGAGGAACCUCGCUUGCACCCCAGGGCCGCGGGCACGCAGAGCUGUGUUGAAGGACAUACUUUUCAGGUUUCUGACAGUCACUGAGCUAUACGCAAUAAUAAAGUGCGUGAUUCGCGUGUGGAAACCAGUGUCGUGUCCUUACCAGCUUCCUUUUCUGCCCACCUUCCCUCUCUCUUCUACCUCCGUUUCGCUUUUCUUCAGUGUAUGUUAGCAGUUUGCUGGAUUUCCCUUCUCCCUCGCUGUUCAACUGCUAGCAUGAUUUGUUACAUUUUCCACAGCUGUUUAUUCUUGUUUGACUUUUUGUACAAAGUCACUUUAAAUCUGUUGCAGAAAGAAUAAAGCUCCUAGCCCUUUGGAUGGGCUCCUGCAGGCGUGUGGCUGUCCCUGGCCCACUUUUAAUUCUUUGGAGAUGGCUCUUCUGUGUAAAUCAGCUGCUGGGUGCAUUCGGUCACCUCGUAGGCCAGCCUAGUUUGUAUCAGCAGAACAGUAGUGAACUCAAAUCAGGUCGUAAGCAUUAUAUUUCACAGACAAUUAAAUCUUGGCUGCUGUUGAACAAAACUGUAAUAUUUACUCUGUUCUAUACCGAGGAGCACUUUUAAAGUAAAAAA